AUGUCUUGUAUAAAUACCUUGUAUCCUAAGCAUAAAUUCCUCAACUCCAUGCUAUUUUCACCUUCCUAAAUCCUAACCAAAACCCAACAAAUAUCUUUUAUAUUUUCUACAACACCACAAGUUACAAGAACAAAAAGGGGGAUUUACAAUAAGUUAGAGUAAAAAGAGAGAACAAUACACAUUUUGAAGGGACACUUUGUUAUUAAUAUCAACAUGGCUAAUGGUGUAGACAAGGAGAAAGAAGUUGAGACUGUGAUUAUAGCCAACUACAUUGAAAUGGAGAAGGAUGAAGCUAAGCCUUCGAGCUUCAAAACCGCCCUUUCUAACCUCCUUUGGCACGGUGGCUCCACUUAUGACGCUUGGUUUAGUUGUGCCUCUAAUCAGGUGGCACAAGUGUUGUUGACACUGCCAUACUCAUUUUCACAACUAGGGAUGUUAUCAGGAAUAUUAUUUCAAGUAUUUUAUGGUAUUUUAGGCAGUUGGACUGCUUAUCUUAUUAGCAUCCUCUAUGUUGAGUAUAGAACUAGGAAGGAAAGAGAAAAGGUUGAUUUUAGAAAUCAUGUCAUUCAGUGGUUUGAGGUGCUAGAUGGAUUACUAGGGAAACAUUGGAGGAACGUUGGAUUGGCAUUUAAUUGCACAUUUCUUUUGUUUGGAUCUGUCAUUCAACUUAUUGCCUGUGCAAGCAACAUAUACUAUAUAAAUGAUAAUCUGGACAAGAGAACUUGGACCUACAUUUUUGGGGCGUGCUGUGCUACUACCGUCUUUAUUCCUUCUUUUCAUAACUACAGAAUUUGGUCCUUCCUUGGAUUAAUCAUGACCACCUACACUGCUUGGUAUCUUACCAUUGCAUCCAUUCUUCAUGGCCAGGUGGAAGGUGUGAAGCACUCAGGGCCGACCAAGUUGGUGUUGUAUUUUACAGGGGCCACAAACAUUCUCUACACGUUUGGAGGACAUGCUGUUACUGUGGAGGUAAUGCACGCAAUGUGGAAGCCACAAAAGUUCAAGGCCAUAUAUUUACUAGCAACUCUAUAUGUGAUGACAUUGACCCUGCCCUCAGCAUCAGCAGUGUAUUGGGCAUUUGGAGACAUGCUUCUUGAUCACUCUAACGCCUUUUCUCUCCUUCCUCGGUCUCCAUUCCGUGACAUGGCUGUCAUCCUCAUGCUCAUCCAUCAGUUUAUAACCUUUGGGUUUGCAUGCACACCCUUGUAUUUCGUAUGGGAGAAGGCAAUAGGAUUGCAUGAUUGUAAGAGCAUGUGUAAACGGGCAGCGGCGAGGUUGCCCGUGGUCAUCCCAAUAUGGUUCUUGGCCAUCAUUUUCCCCUUCUUCGGUCCCAUCAAUUCCGCGGUUGGAUCACUCCUUGUUAGCUUCACCGUCUACAUCAUCCCUGCCCUUGCUCACAUGUUCACCUUCCGUUCUGCUGCUGCCCGAGAGAAUGCAGUGGAGCAACCGCCCAAAUUUUUAGGAAGAUGGACAGGAGCAUUUGCCUUUAAUAUUUUUGUGGUAGGAUGGGUGCUUGUGGUAGGGUUUGGGUUUGGUGGAUGGGCUAGUAUGAUCAAUUUUGUUCACCAAAUUGACACCUUCGGAUUGUUUACUAAAUGCUACCAAUGCCCUUCACCAAAGGUUGCCAAUGUCACCGCUCUUCCCCCUUCACCGGCUAACCACACCCACCACCUUGCUCAUCGUCUUUGAUCGAUUUUGCUACGACAUGAUCAAGUCAAUUACGUGCGUGCCUUACGAGUUAGUUCAAGGCCACCCAAAGUGGUAUAGUGAUUAGAGGCAAUAUACAUGAUGUGAUGUCUUUGGUUUGCCAUUAGCCUCGAGUCUUCGCCUAAUACUCAAAAAUGUGCCCAACAAUGAGCUACUUGAGUUGUUAGGGUUAAAGGUGUAUGGCUUGAGAUGUUUGAGAAAUGAGUUAGAAAGAGGAAAUUUGUAGUUUAGAAAUGUUUGUUAUGAUUUUGAUAAUCGCUUGUAUGAAAUUAAAUAUGAGUAUGUAAUUUUGCAAUCAGUAUUGUACUACUAGCUUCUCCAUAAAUGGAUAUGCUAUCUGAUCUUUGCUCACCUACAAUCUUAAUUGCUUGAAUUAACUACUCC